AUGCCUCCAUUUUCGAACUCUCUACCAAGACGAUGGUCGCCAUCGGAAUUGCCAAUUCUUCCGUUCCUUGCACCGAGAGUCUUCCAGCCAUGGCCCUCCAAGAGUGCCAGAGUCUAUUUGAAAACGAAAACGGGACGAAACCAAGGCCAUGACGGGCAUGCACGAUCAACAGUGGGGAGGGGGGAAGAUACAUAUUCAAAAUGUCUGGGAGGUUCAUCACCAAAUGUGCUAGUGCAACCUAGCACAAGAUAUGCUAAAUUCAGCAAACGACGAACAACCCCCACUUCCUUCGCCCGUAUAGACAUUCCUGAUCAUAGGUCUAUAAGACGCUUUUCUUCGAAAGGUAGUCUCGGGAGGACAACUGAAAGCAAUGGAGACGGGUCGCCUACUGAAGAUCACUCAAAGGCUCCAUAUGAAUCAGGAUCCAAUGGACCAUCAGAGUGUCAGCUGAGUCCCGCCGCAUCAACGAGUCAAGACUCUGGGAAAACAGAAGAUUCUAUGAAUAUAAGUUCUUCAUUGAGACCUCGUCGCGUGCGAUCAACUGCAUCAUCGUUUUACCGUCCAGGCAUACAUCUUGAUACACAUAGUGUGCCUUCUAGACCGGGAGCACUCCAUUCGCGAUCAAGAACUAUUCCCAACAAGAUCCAUUUGUAUAAUCAGGAUGUUUAUACGUCAUGCAAUUUCAAGCCGAGUCGCUCUGGAGACCCUACUGCUCUUCCUCUACACAAGUUGUCGAAAAUUAUGCCUCAACAACCUUCGUCAACAUCACAUCUUUCUCCACAAAUCAAGAUACUACCGGAAAAGUCUAGCAAUGAAACCAAUUCAUCAGACCAGCCUGUCGCCAUUGCGGCAACGACAAAAUCCACGAGAACUCAUCACAGAUCUACCAGGGAUAGAUCUGAAAGACAGGAUCCGCCGGCUACAGGGUCGCGCCUCAAAAAUAACCUUCCGAGAAGAUCACUUUUUUUCCGACGACCUAGUGGGUAUAAAUUUCUCCGUGAGAAUCACCGACGAUCGAAGGGUAUACUGUCUGUCAAUAGGAAUAUCUCUUUGAAUCGGCGACGCCUACACUCUGAGCGUAUCACAAUCGAUGCAGGAUUGCGCCAGGAAUUGCUUGCUCAUAAUGAACUUUGGGCCCAGCAACAAGGCCUUCCAGAGCUUUCAACCAAGUAUCUCAGAGUAAAAAUGGAUGCAGGAGCCAACAUUAUGAAGUUAAAAACGUGGAAAUGGUCUUCCCAAUUUGCCAUUAUUAAUCAACGACACGAAGAUGCUUUGAGGGGGUUUCCUAAGUUAGAGUACAAUAAUGUUGCUGUGUCGAAGUUUCCCCUUGCAUCAAGGUUACUAUUCAUAAAGCAAGACAACGUCGCUGCCCUAGCUGCAAUUUGGCGUCGAGUUCCCACAGAGAUCCGUUCUCAUGUUUGGGAGGAGCUUAUGCUUACAGCGAUGGACCAAUAUCCUGCAUCAAUUCUCAAGUUACUACUUGCAACAUAUCAAGCACCAUGUUUUCCCCCUGGGUGGGCCGCAAAUGACUGCCUCGAUUUUGCAGUAUCUCAUUAUUUUGGGUCACAAGAGCACAAACCCACUCCAGAAUCUUUCACUGCCGAGGACCUUCGACAGAUAUUUGAGACUGUACAAUAUCUUCAGCUUCGCGGCCUCCGGCUGAGUGCGCGCUCAAUCUACUUGUUGCAAUUAAUGAUGAAUGACCAAGAAUUUAAGACGUUCUAUCUCAUACUAACGCGCACAAGACAGCAUCUCACUGGCAAGACCUUACUACGAUUUGCCUAUCGUUUUGCACGGUCUCGCCAAACAGAUAUGGCUUUCCAAGUACUGCAGCAAGCAACUCAACAAGGCAUUGAUCUAAACCUUGAAAGAUGGCCGCAAAUCUGCAAUGUGCUUCUUACCGGCAGAUAUCGUGACUACGAUGCGCAUGUUACUGAUACAGAACUUUUUGAUUUCAUGCUACAUCACGGUCUGAAGCCCGGGAUUGUUACAUACAACAUCUUGAUCCAAAAUUCACUUCAAGCUGGAGACCAUCUUACGGCGUGGCAAAUAUAUGAUAUGAUGAUUGAAAAUCGAGUAAUGGCGGACGCCUACACCUAUUCAAUCAUGCUAAAUGACGCCAAGAUUCGUGGGGAUGACGUUGCGGUCGAAAAAUUGGCGCACUGGAUGAGUGAGGACAGUGUUCGAAACAGUUAUACUGUCACAGACAUAUUAGACACAAUAUUUCGCUUACACAGGCGAGAGUAUUUCAAGCGCGCCCCCAGUGAGAGAAGGUCUCUUCAAACCCCAUUCUCACAGAUGCUUCCAAUCUAUUUGAAGAACUUCGAGGUGGAACCAUUGGCUCAAAUCAUACCUAGAUUUCAUGAGAAUUUCUUAGGUCUGGGGUCGACGAGUCCUGAAGAUGGUGUAGAUGACACCCGCCCUGACAUCCAGGGUCGUGUGGAAGAAGACCAACAUCAUCUCGACUUGUCUGUUACAAACCAACCCGAAACUGCCAUAUCACCCCUCGAGUCCGCUGCCGAAGACGCUCUUCUAGAACCGAACUAUGUGACCUUAAUAGUGAUGCUGAAAUCAUACAUUGGAAGCGUUCGGAACUACAAGGCUUUAUUGAGAUUUUACAACCAUUUUAAAGCCCUGAUAGCUGCAAGAGAUCCAAUAGUCGCUCCUCUAUUGGUAAAGGCUCAAAUAUACAACCACUUGCUCGUUGGACUUGGCCAUCUCGAUGCGCCAAUGCACGACUGUCUGAAAAUCGUUGCUGAUAUGCAAGCUCCGCAUUCCAAACCAAGGAACUCGGUAAUUGAAAGUGAGAUUGGUCAAUCUCUUGAUGAAGAUGAUGUUGCUGUGGUUUCAAGUAGUCCGGAACAGAGCGAUAUUGAUUUUGAGUCAGAUGAUGCAUCUUCUGAUGUAACUGACGACACUUUCCAGCCACCCCCUCCAAGUCUUCAUACAUGGACUACAUUACUUAAUGUAUUCAUGCAACGUCAUCAACCUCGUGCAGCCGAAAAGGUGUUACAGAUCAUGAUUGAGAAAGAAGGUUUGGAGCCCAAUCAAGCAACAUGGAAUGCAUUGACCAUGGGCUACAUGAGACUCCAAGAUCCACAAAUGACCGCAGAUGCUCUUAUUCGAACGAAGCGGGCCGGAUUUACUGUCGACCAUAUUAUGGCAAGCAGGUGGUGGCUCAGAUUCCAAGCUAGAGCUCGUCUAAGUGAAGCCUUGCAAUCUGCUUCUGGUGGCAAUGAGACAUCACUGGCAGAUGUAGCCAAUGCUAUGGAGUCUGAGUCCGAGAUGUCACAUCCGGCUGAGGACGAUAUCAUUGAUGAAGAAGUUUUGGAGGCUACCACUUCUAGAACAGGAGACAUAUACCGUAUUCUUAAGCGCCGUCUACAAGCUGUCAAUUCUCCUGUCUAUCCUAAUUGGAUCUUUGACGCUAUGAUCCGGGCCGGCGAAGAAAAUGUUAUCGAGCCGGGAACAGAGCCAAUAAGCGAUGAAGUAGCCGAAUUUCAAAUGAACACAUCAAUUGUCGACGAUGUGGCUGAGUCUGAAUUGGUAUCGGCUCAAUCUUCAGACAAGUCAAUUAGUGUCAACGAACAGAAUCCAAGACAGCUUCUAGACAGUCAAAUAGACGAUCAAACUGAACAACGACAACGACAAUCAGUGAUUGAAGACAAAAGAGAAUCGAGACUGCUACCAACCAAUAAGCUACUAUUCCAAAGAACGAAACAAUGGAUAAUGACGCCUGGAGUAAAAGCUUUCCGCCGCAGUUCUCAGGAAAGGGAGUUAUUGCAGGGAGUAAAUCAUGUUGACGGCUAUGAUAAAAAUGAUAAGGACCGGCAAUCUUGA